AUGGCUUGGAACUGGACGUCUGAUUCGAAGCUCUGCUUCGUGACUACCGGAGCAACGGCGCCGUUCACCGAGCUCAUCGAAUCAGUGCUGAGUCCAAAGUGUCUGGACUCACUACGCGAAGGAGGAUUCACUCAUCUCUUGGUCCAAUAUGGAUCUGCCGAGGACGUGUACAAACAGUUCUCCAAACUCGCUUCAGCAUACAUGCAGGAGACCUCGUCAAAAGGAGACCUCGUCAUAGAUGGCAUAGAUUUUAAUCCGGACGGACUGAAAACUCAGUUCCAGUUGGUACAGCGGUCGAAAGGCUUGGUCAUCUCACACGCUGGAUCCGGUUCUAUCCUUGAAGCACUUCGCUAUCAGAUCCCACUCAUCGUCGUGCCAAAUACUGGAUUACUGGGCAACCACCAGGAGGAGCUCGCUGUUGCAAUGGAACGGAAUAACUACCUUGUUCGUGGUGAUGUGGAAAAUCUCGGGCCUGCGAUCAAGAAGUCGGACGAGUUCCGACUGAAGAUGUCGCAAUUCCCACCUAUCACGAGUGGGAAGCAUCGUGAGACUAAGAGCUUCGCGGCGAUCAUGGAUGAGACCACGGGUUAUAUGGAUUGA